AUGGUCCCAUUCUCCGCCGACACCGGGCUGAGGGUCUGUGUAGGCGUCUUCUUUUUGAGCUCCUUCUUCCUCGUGUCAUCUUAUAAUUCCACAUAUGCCUUUGACCGCCCGGUCAGUACGGCUGUUCUAGUAUAUUUCCUACUGGGAAUACUCUUGUUGGCGAUAGGCCGGUUUGUCCCAAUAGUGUCGCGACCUUCAUCGCCGAUAGGAAAACGAUCCAGCAUUCCCGCCGACCACUUUGAAAUCGCAUCGCGGACCUCAUCUCCGUCCUCAACUUUGGGCUCUCAGGGACCUCCACUAACUCUAGGUCGCCUCUGGUUGAGAGUUGGCUUGCUAUUAUGGAUUCUUGGUUUGCGUGUCGAGCUGUUCCGUCGAGUUACUAUUCACAACGAGUGUGCUCCUGCCGGAUAUGCAUAUGCGAUUCCAUUCGUCAUUUCGCUAUAUGACUACUGGCGACAACAGCGACCACAUUCAAGGGCUGGCUACUCUCCGCUACAACCGUCCCAAAAUCUGCCCUCCAUUUUAGCCUAUUCUAUCUGUCGGCGGGGCUUGCACAGCCUUACGCAAAGUCGAUUUAGGGGUAUUUUUGCAGCGGCAUUAAUCUCAGUAGGCGGGUAUGCGGCUUCGACGCUGCUCGCCGGCAGUCAGUCUACGUAUAUAUGCCCGAUCGUUCUCAACGGCUGGGCACGUCUGCAGGCUAUGAAGGCUGCCAAUGUGGUGAUUGAUUCAAUUCUUCUCAUUGGAAUUGCUGAACUUCUCCAAAGCGGAGCCGACAAUGAUGAGUCCCGAAGAAAACGAAUACUUUUCUCUCUUGGAGCUGGUCUUCUGCUUGUUGCUGUGAUUUGGACUGUUAUUGGACAUUACGUUCGGAAUAGUCGUCCUGAACACAGCGGUCAGCCCUUUUUGGACACAAAGUACUCGCGCGGUGCCUUUGGUCAAGCGCUGCUCGUUAUCAUCUUUAUCAUGUCAAGCUGGCAAAUGCUACCACACUUUGGGGUUCUUGGGUUAUCCAUCUUGGGUGGAUUCGUUUUCGUCUUCUUGCCCGCAAUGUCGACCCUUCUCUUCGAACGGAUGCCCUUCCCAUACAUCUCCCAGACCCACGCUGCUGUCCCCGUCAUUGCAUCUUCGACAGGUGCAGUCUUGUUUCUUCUCUCAAGGAUUUUGUCAGGCGAGGAAUCAAAGCCUUUAUACCGUAUCAACAUUGUGCUACAGGUUCUGUUCUUUCUUGUUGGUGGGAUCGGCCUGGCAUUCGCCAUGACCAAGCUUCAUUUCUCUCACACUCAUCCCAUUGAUCUCCUUAUUCACAAAGCCACGGUCCACUACGACAACUACCUUCUGCAAGCUUCCGCCAGCAAGAACCUGCAAGAUGCUGCUCGGGAAUAUCGGAAGCGAUACCGACAGCAUCCCCCGCCUGGAUUUGAUAAGUGGUUUGAAUAUGCAAUCAAUCGGUCUUCGGUAAUCAUCGAUGAUUUCGACCAGAUUCACGAAAAUCUUCUCCCUUUCAGAGCCAUUAGUCCUGCAACGAUCCGGGAUACAACACAUAAGUUAGCCACAAACUCCUUCAAUGACCUCGGAGCGAUUAGUAUUCGCAAGGGCCAGGUUAGAGUUCAAGAGGGAAUCAGACCAACCCAUGCGUGGAUGGUGAAUGGAGCGGCCGACAUGAUCGAAAAUUUCGCCCAGCACCUGCCAGAUAUGGACCUUGUGUUCAAUCUUAAUGAUGAGCCGCGAGUUGCGGUGCCGUGGGAGAAGAUGUUGUUGCUGAAACAGGAGGCACAGGCACAGGAACCCAUCCCUCAAGAAGAGUUAUUAGACCGGUGGUCGGGAGACCGACAGCUUGGCUGGGCUCCGAUUGAACCGAUUGACCAAACAGACGAGACAAUCUUCACGGAAGGUUCAUGGCGAGGGGUCUUUGAUCCCUAUGUUAGCGCGGUCUGUCCGCCUUCAUCCCGGGUGCGCACACGACGUGUCUGGAAUCGGCGUGAGACCUGCUUGAGCUGCGCAGCGCCGCAUACUAUGGGCCAAUUCCCAUUGGACUUCAACCUCGCCACGCAGAUAUGCCAUCAACCUGAUCUCGCCUUUCUCCAUGGUCUUUUAAUAUCGCCCGCGUCAUUCAAAGUGUCCCAGGAGCUUGUUCCGGUCUUCAGCCAAAGUGCGCUUGCUGGUUUCAGCGAUAUUCUCUACCCUAGUCCGUGGAACUACAAAGACAAAAUUGAGUACAAGCCGUCGAAGGAACAUCCAGACCCAGAGUAUUCAGAGAAGGACAAUUCUCUGUACUGGGUUGGUAGUACAACCGAAGGCUACAGUCGCUUCAACGAGUGGAAGGGCAUGCCGCGACAGCGAUUCUCACACCUGAUCAAUAAUAAUACUCACGGCCAGGUCUCCGUGCUCUUACCCGCCGGUCAUGGCAUUUACCAGUACCAAAUCAUGGAUGGAUCUGCCCCAACCAAAGAGCUGAAUUUGCGUACAGACGUGGCUAUUGCCGAGCAAAUUACUCGUUGUGGAGACUGCGAGACUCAGCGUGAUGAGCUGGGAACUCGCUCCAGGGUCGACUUCCAGGCACACUGGUCCCAUAGGUUUCUGUUUGACCUUGACGGAGCAGGGUUCAGUGGACGUUUUCUGCCUUUCCUCCGAAGUCGCAGCCUUCCUUUGAGGACCGGUCUUUUCCGGCAGUGGUUUGACUCGCGAGUAAUUUCUUGGCUGCACUUCGUCCCAGUCGACAUUCGUCUUCACGGAGUCUGGAGCACUCUGGCGUAUUUCGCCGGCGUUUCUGAUCCCAAGACUAAUGACCAGAAUCCUAAAAACCCUCAAAUGCUGAUGGAUGCUCACUCGAACGAAGGCCGGUGGAUCGCCGAGCAGGGGCGCGAGUGGAGUGAGAUCGCACUUCGCAAAGAGGAUAUGGAGAUCUAUUUCUUCCGGCUGUUACUCGAAUGGGGUCGUAUCACGGAUGACCAGAGAGAUGUGCUGGGGUACAAGCUAUGA